GCUCUUAAGCGUCGUUAGCGACAGGGAACCAGUCACGUAUAAAGGGACCAGGUUCAUAGUUAUUGUGAAAUAUUAUACAUGUGAUAUCACAAAGUUUACAUAGGAAGACACAAUGAGUACAAAAACAAAAACAAGUACAAAAUCGAAACAGAGUCGUAAAACAACAGAUUUAGACAAAGAAAUUGACGAGCUUUUCAAAGUAUUUGAUAAAAAUGGUGACAAAAGUAUAACAGCUUCAGAAUUAGGAGCUGCUAUGAGAUUUUUAAAUUUAAAUCCAACUAAAAAGGAAAUUACAGAGACAAUGAAGUUACUUGAUGUCAAUAACGAUAACAAAAUACAAAAGGAUGAAUUCCGCAAAUUUUUGAAAAACUAUUUAAAGGAAAACCCGGAAGUAAUGACACAAGAGGAAUCGAUAAGAGCAGCAUUUAAAGUAUUCGACAGAGACGGUAAUGGCUAUAUAGAUGGUAAAGAAUUAAAAGUUGCAAUGACAAAAUUAGGCGAAGCCCUUACAGACAAGGAGCUAGGAGAAAUGAUGCGAGAUGCUGAUGCAAAUGGAGAUGGUAAAAUAGAUUAUAACGAAUUUGUGAAGAUUUGGACUGAAACGGAGAAAGCAAAGUAAUAUAGACAUUGCAGUUCAAAAUGUGUUCAUUUUCGUUCUCAUUACCAGAAACAGCAUUCAGUCGUUCCAUAACAUGUAAACAUACAAAUUCUUGUUGGAACCAUAUCAACGUGUUUACGAUUUAACUUUGCCGAUUUUUUUUUCGGUCCUGGGAUAAUCUUUCUCAGAUUAAACUGCAAAAUAUUAUGUUUGUCGAUUCAUGCAGCACUGGAAACCUUUUGAGUUUAAAGACAUGAGCAAAACUUUCGAUGCUAUGGAGAUCAUUUCACUUUUUUUUGUGGUUUACCUUUUACCCCCAAAGACCUUUAUUUAUAUCAAAUUCUUUGUUUGAGACUAAUGUAUUUAUACCAUAUACAGUCGGACAUGCCUUUUAUUGUUUACUUUGAUGUAAAUUUGUUACCAGGACAAAUGUUAUGUGUGUUAGAAUCCAGCAGAACUCCACUGAAGUUAGGUUUUGUUUACUCCUUAAACAUUUAGUUAUAAGCGUUGAUGUGAUACAUGUACAAAAUAUGCAUCUGUGAUAAAAAUAAUAUCUAAUUCUAUCAUUGUAUAUGAACUAUUAAUACCUGCAAUACUUAUUUUAUGUCAAUUUUUAAGAAUAUUUUAUUUUUACUGAUAAAUAAACUAGUUAUAUAAAACGU